GUUUAUUUAAGCGGCCACACCAACGCGCGUGUGAAUCAAUCUCGCUGCACGUUUUUCUUGUUUUUAUUUCGAAUAAUCGCGAAAUUCCGGUAAAAAACUAUUGAAAAAAUCAAUUUAAAGGAUUCCCAGUUCUAAAGAGUACAAAGAUGACUAGCAAGAAGUCGAAAGUCCAGUCUCACGAAGAAGAUGACGCCGAGCAGAUGGAGGCGAAGACCGACAGCGGCGAAGACUCCAGCGACGACGAGAACCCGGACAUCUACAAGGGUGAUGAGGGAAUCACAGUGGACUUUGAGGGACGCAAUCCAAUCGAUUCGGAUUUGGAUGGUAUCAAACAAAUGCUGGGACAGCUUUUCGUAAAGGCACACAUCGACCUGAAUGAGCUUUCCGGGUUGAUCAUCGGACAAAAUUACGUGGGAAGCGUGCUGAAGCAAGCCUACACCGAUGACGACGAUGAGGAGGAGGACGAAGAUAUGGAAGAUCCGUGCCAAAUCGUGUUCGGAGUAACAACGGCCAUCAAUCUUGCCAAUAAGCAGGAUCAACCGUGCGUAAAGCAACUUCAGAAAAUGAUUUUUGAAAAAGCGGAAAAGUAUGCCACCGAUUCUGUGCUGAAGUUGUUCCGCGAGGCACUGCAGAGUGGAACGAAAAGUACCGCCCUGCUGUUGAAUGAGCGUUUUGUCAACAUUCCCGCCGCGGUCUGCGUGCCAAUGUUUGAGAAUCUGAUGGUGGAGAUGGAUCGGGCGAGGCUGAAGGGAAUGCCGUACAAAUUCGAUUACUUCCUGAUGUUUGUCAAGUACUACCAGAAGGCUGCCACCGGGGCCAAGGCAGCGGAAGUUCUGUACUCGAACGACGAGGAAGAGUACUUCAUCAAGGACAGCUUGGCAAGCUUCGAUUAUUCAGUACAAAAGGAAACCACAACGGCGCUGGCCGGUAAUUGGCUGGAGGAAGACGAAGAACUGCAGCCGUUCCGGAAGGUUUUGCUGAUCGAGGCCAAUAAGCUACCAGAUAUAGUUGGUACGGUAAAGAGUCUGAUUGCUGGUGCGGUCAGUAACUAAUAUUAAAACAGAUGGAAUAAAGAUGCGUGGAUUUCCAAACAUUC